AUGGCCGAAUCUACAUCGACCCCGUUAGACUCCAACCCAGAUACUAGCGACAAGAUCGCACCCGUGAACGUCCAUCUCCCCCGCAUCUCAAUCCAGUUCUGCACACAGUGCCGGUGGAUGCUCCGCGCCGCAUACUUCGCCCAAGAACUCCUCUCAACAUUCAGCACAGACCUCGGCGAAGUCGCCCUCGUUCCUAAAACCGGCGGCGUGUUCACAGUGACGAUAUGGCAUGGGACGAUGAAGGAUGGGGAGAUCACGACGCAGGAGAGUAUUUUGUGGGAUCGGAAGAGGGAUGGGGGGGUUCCCUGGGAUUUGGGACAUACGGAUCGGGCGUUGAAGAAGGAGCAGGGUGAGCAGGAGUCGAAGAAAGAGGAGGAGAGUAAGGGUAAGGCGGGUUGUGAGGAUUGUCAAUAG